AUGACAGUGGGGCAACCAACAUCAAUUAAUGAUGAAUUAGACGAGUCAAUAGAGGAGCUCACUUAUGUGACAUUUCCUAUGAAUUAUGACCACAUGCCUUCUGCAAUCCAUCAAAUAGAUACACCUCCCCAAACAGCUGAUGGUUCCGGCCAAGAUCUUAUUAAAGUGUUUAAUAAUUUAUGUAUGAGCUGCCGCGCAGGAGAUAUUGAUACAGUGGACUCUUUACUUUCAACGCCAGAACUCAACAUUAAUCAGGUGGAUGAAUGGGAUUAUUCGCCAUUGAUUUUGGCGUCGUUAUGCGGGCAUACAAAGAUCGUUGAAUUAUUACUAUCAAGAGGCGCUGUUUGUGACAGAGAUACUUUUCAAGGAGCUAGGUGUAUUUACGGUGCAUUGAAUGAUACGAUACGUGACUUGUUGAUAAGUUUUGAUAUAUCCAAAACUGUUGAUAUGUCACAGCCCUUUGCCGGUCACAUUUCUUCUAUAUUGAAUCCAUUGAAUCAAAUGCCCACAAGCGAUAUAUUGUUCCGAUUUCCUCAUAUUAAUGGCACUUUGACUAGAGACUUACAAAUUUUCCGAUUAAAUAGAUUCAUCUUGGCGGCAAGGAGUCCAUAUUUCUUCGAUAAAUUGAAGAAAGGUGGUGCAUGGAAUCUGAAAACAAUAAUUGAUAUGCCGUCUUCUACAAAUCCUGCUGUUUUCAAAAUGAUUGUGGAUUAUAUGUAUUUGAGAACUGAUGGACUUCCUAUUGACCAACUGAAGACUCAAGAUCAAUUAGUAAAGUUUGCGGCCAAAUUGAAAUUGGGAGAUUUACUAACGAAUAUUGAAAUGAUAAAGGAAACUAAUAAUGAUAAAGAAAAAGCAAAGGCGAAACAUAGUGCGUCUUUUAUGUACGUUGAAAAAGCAAGAAAGGAUAUGGACUCAUUUUUGGUGUCCAGUAUUAUAGGAAACAGGGUUGUUUCAAAGCUCGAAUUAGGUAAAGAAAUAGACUUCGAGGAAAUUAAUCCAGAACUUCAUAUCGAUGAAAAUCAGAAAGCCGAACUUUUAAACUCAUCAUCGAUACCAGAUACAAUCGUAUCUGUUAUAGAUGCCGAUUCCGAAUCGAUAGUUUAUUUACCAGUGCAUAAGGCAAUCAUGGCCAGAUCUGAAUAUUUUGAAACUAUGUUCAAAUCAGAUAUAUUCUUGUCUUCACAGGAAGACUUACCAAUCCUCAAAGACUAUGAGAAGACUUUGAACAAAGUAAUUAUCGAUAGACCGCUUAUACUACCAGUUCACAUUCCUGUCAUUCAAAUAUCCACAUACACAUCUAAUUUUGAAGUAGCCAAGAUCAUAUUGUCGUUUUUGUAUCAUGACGAUGUUCCUCCGAUUCCAUUGAUAUUCACUAUCGAGUUGCUAUUUGCAGCUGAUGAACUAUUCUUAGAUAGGCUCAAGACAAUGUGUGCUGUGAAUAUUACAUCCAAUUUUUCGAAGCUUACAUUUUCUGAAUUCCAAUCCUUGUUUGAAAGAGUUGGCUACAGUGCGUAUGAUUUAAUCAGAGUAUCAUGGCAAACUAGAUGUGAUAAGUUGGAACAGCAUGUAUCGAAAUUAAUUGCUCAUAAUCUUGAAAGAAUUAGCGAUGAUGAAGUUGAGAGAUCGCAGUUUUGUUCUCUCAUUGAAGAAAGUGCCUCCAGAAUUCAAGAAAGACAAGAUACAGAUACUAUCGAACUAAUCGACGAUAUUCGUUAUUAUAUAGCCAAGAAAUAUUCUGUCAAUGAUGAAUUUACUGAUUUCGAACCGAUAGCAGAGCAUUUUAGGGAAAGUGACCCUACUUAUGUUGCUGCCGAAGAUAUCCAAAUCUAUAAAAACGCUUUGUCCAAAUAUGAAAGGGAAAUUGACAUGAUUGAUGCCUUACUAGAUGAUUUACUGUUAGGAGCUUGA